AUGUCUGACACUGUAGAAGCAAAUAUGCAAGAACCUCAACCACCACAAGUUGACGCGGUGACCGAGAAGCUAGAAGACCUUACCCUUGGGAAUGAUAGUGAUGAGGCCUGCGAUAAGCCUGAAGUCUCUGACAGCUCAAGUGAGUCUUCGCCUUCGCCUACUUGUAGUAAGCCCAUGACCCCUGGAUACAACGUGCCAGAGGCGACGAUUCAGGAACCACAACCGCCAGCGGUCGAUGAACUUACCAAGAGACUCGAUAAGCUGAAAGUAGCAAAAGAACGUGAGGAGAACCAAGGAGAGGAUGCUGAGGUUGAUGAGGCUGAUGAGGUGACCGAAGCUCAAGCAAUCAUAGACCGAAUCCGUGCUCAUCCUCGUCGUAAAAACCUUGGUCUACGGGUGCAGGCCUUGAUGUCGAAGUUUGAGAAGGAUGAGAAGAACGAGAAGUGA